AUGCAUAGUCCCCUCAGCUCCCUUCCUGCCUUUGUUGUCUUCGUUCUCGCACUCGCCACGGCCGUCUCUCUCGUUCCGGCCUCGCCGGUGCCGACGACCUCUCGCGACAAAAACAAGCAAGUUCACCUGAGCCCGCCCCGAAACGAACAAACUCGAAAGCGCUCCUCAGCAACGCAGAGAACUAAUUCCAUGUCUCAUCACUUUCUCCACCUAUAUAGGUGCGGAACUACAGGGGCGUGUGGGAUCAAGUGCCAAAUCCACUUACCGAACUAUGACAAGUACGUCCCCCGUCGACGGGCUGAAAUUGAAACCGGUCGGCACUUGGUCACAGCACGACGAUCUUUCUGAGUUUGACGAUCCCCCCAGGUUCACUCAUAGCUAACCCGAGUCCUUCACCUCGCCCUCCUAUUGACACUCGUUGGAUCAUAGAUUCGAAAACUGCAUCAGCAACUGUUUGGCACCUUAUGAUAUUCGCAUACGUUACGAACACCCCGACAUGAACAGUACCCUUUGGCCCCCUGCUUACAACAAGUCGAGCCAUGAGGUACCUCUCCUCAAUGUAAGUUGUCGACUUUUACAGUCGCGGUAUUCACUUCCGUCGAAAAUACACCAAACUUACACUCGUUUUGAAUGACUUCAAAACAGCUUCCCUGCACCGAGUAA